GUGGGGAAGAUCCCAUGGAACCACAGAACAUCACCUGGGUGUCAGAGUUUGUGCUCUUAGGCUUCUCUCAGACCCAGGAGCUCCAGAAAUUCCUGUUCCUGGUGUUUCUAUUUUUCUAUGUCAUCACUGUCGUGGGAAACCUUCUGAUCAUAGUCACAGUGACUUCUGACUCCCGGCUUCACAUGCCCAUGUAUUUUCUGCUUCGAAAUCUGGCUGUCAUAGACCUCUGCUAUUCCACAGUCACCUCUCCAAAGAUGCUGGUGGACUUCUUCCACGAGACCAAGACUAUCUCCUACCAGGGCUGCAUGGCCCAGAUCUUCUUCUUCCAUCUCUUGGGAGGUGGAACCGUCUUCUUUCUCUCAGUGUUAGCUUAUGAUCGCUAUAUAGCUAUUUCCCGGCCCCUCCACUAUGUCACCAUCAUGAAUACUCAAGUGUGUGUGGGGCUUGUGGUGGCUGCCUGGGCAGGGGGCUUUGUCCACUCCAUUGUUCAGCUGGCUCUGAUGCUUCCCUUGCCUUUUUGUGGUCCCAAUGUCCUGGAUAACUUCUACUGCGACAUUCCACAAGUGUUGAGACUUGCCUGCACGGACAUCUCCCUCCUAGAGUUUCUAAUGAUCUCCAACAGUGGGAUGCUGGUUCUUGUCUGGUUCAUCCUCCUUCUGAUCUCUUACACAAUCAUCCUGUUGAUGCUGAGGUCCCACUCCGGACAGGCAAGGAGGAAGGCCGCUUACACCUGCACCACCCACAUCAUCGUGGUGUCUAUGAUCUUCAUUCCCUGUAUCUACAUCUACUCCCGGCCCUUUACUCCCUUCCCCAUGGACAAGGCCGUGUCUGUCAGCUACACAGUCAUGACCCCCAUGCUCAACCCCUUGAUCUACACCCUGAGAAACCAGGAGAUGCAGGCGGCCAUGAAGAGGUUAGGCAAGCGCCUGGUGAUUUGCAACAAGGAGUGAACUUUAAUAGGCCGACACUAAAUGACAAACUUCUCUCCGAACAUUUGUUUUCCCUUGUGAAACU